CGGUCCUGGAGAGGCUGUGGUUACUUCCGGAUAUAUUGGAGCCGGAUCUGGCAGUCCAAUACCGAUCGAGUAUCUUCCGGCCGAGAAUUCAAUGAGCAACAAAGUACGGCUUAUGAUUCUCUACCAAGGACGACCCACGACGACGAUCGCCGUUGGCGAUCCGCUAACCUUCCGACUAGAGUCGCAAGAUGGCUACAGCCAUGCGACAGAUAUCUUUGCUACGAACGUUGUCGCUCGCGAUCCCUACUCGGGAAGAAGUGUUCAGUUGAUCGAUAAUUACGGGUGUCCGGUGGACAAUUUGGUUUUCCCAGAACUGGGAAGAUCGCGUGACAAUGACGCACUAGAGGCCAGGUUUAAUGCCUUCAAAAUACCGGAAUCAAACUUUUUGGUAUUUGAAGCAACCGUGCGAACUUGUCGUGGAGGUUGCCAGCCGGCUUACUGCCCAGGACCGAGCGGACGCUCGGAACCAUCGUUCGGAAGGCGGAAACGAUCUGUUUCUGAAGAGUCUACCGAGUUCGAUGGAACUGCAGAACCUUUGGUUGGAGAUAGCAUAGAAAAUGAUGAUGAAGUUGCUAUUGUCAAUGGUACUCUUAUGAACGAUAACAGGACUGAUAAAAAUAGCACAAACGCAGGAGACGAGACUAGCGCGAACGAUCUUGAUUCCAACGGCAAUGAGAUGCCGGAACAUGUACGGGAAAUGAUUGAGGUAUUCCAGUCACGCGAAGAAAUGCAGCAGGAUACAGUGGCUAGGAAGAUGGUAGCCCCACAGGAAGCCGUCUGUCUGACCAACUCGGAAUAUUACGGCCUGCUGAGCGCGCUUAUUCUGCUUAUGAUUCUGUUAGUUAGUAUCACAUUCGCAUCGGGGCUGGCCUAUCGACGCUACUGGAAAAUAUUUUUGAAAAAUCGAUCGCUAGAUCGAACAUCCCCAGUUAAUUCAUUCACACCUUCGGCUUUGCACAACGUUUCCGGGAGUCAGUUCCACGCAUCGGGUAGAGGUAAUUCAACCUCUUCACGAUGCGAUGCUCGGACGCCCGGAUUAUCCCUCUUUGGCACCGGACUGCAGAAAACCUUCGCCACGGGCAACUUAUCUCGGAUGUGUCAAAUUCCUGUGAUGAAUCCAAUGUCGAGAUCGAAUGGCUCCAAAAAUGAAUUUGAUGACCCCAGCGAACCGAUUUACACUGACCCGUCCCUCUUCGAACGCUCCAGAUCACUGCGCAGCAUCGCUGUUGACCAAACAGACGCCCACAAUGUUUGAAAAUGAAAUGGAAAAAAUAUCUAGUGAUGUAAACAAAAAAAAACAGUAAUGACGAUGUCUCUGAUGAUAGUUUCUAGGCUAAUAUUUUAGAAGAAUAAACAGCAACAAUAAAACAUUAAUAAGACAAGUGAGAGGGGGCUCAUACAUAGAAAAACUGUGAUGGCUACGAUAAUAGCAAGGGACCAAAGAAAUUGGUUGAAUUGAAAAAUUUGCUCUGCCCAAUUUGUGAAUACACUUUCCGAUCGCCCCCAUGAAGGGCGAAAGGUCAAUUUUGAAACAGUUAGAAACCAAAGACAAGACAAGUUUGGUUUGACAUCUCUGGCGUGUGUGUGUCUGUACAAUCGUCGAAUCUCUUCUUAAUUUAUUCGCUAAAGUUUAAGUAAUUAGGGCGCAUCUAGUGGUAAGAUAAUCAUUUAGAGUUAUAAUGCUGAACAAUUUACACUAUGAGACCAUAACGUACGAAUCUAAUCUAAACAGUUAGCAGUAAUAGUAAUAUUUUUCGCCCGAUACACGGCUGAGAUAGAUGAGUGUUGAAGAAUAUAUUACUCGUAAGACAAUUAUAUCUAAUCAAAUUGAAUUUUUCCCAUAAGCGAUGGCAAUCACACGAUGCUUACUGUCGCGUGUCUGGGUGAUUAGGACUACUCUAAAAUAA